AUGGCCAUGGACAUGUUAACAAAAGCACAAAAGAAUAUUGAAUCACUUCGAAAUGAUGAUAUGUUCCAAAAUAUUUAUGAAUCUACUAAAAAAGAUGGAAAGGUAUAUAACUUUGAUUUACAAUUAAGUACUAGUUCCAAUAGACGAAGACGAGUCCCUCGACAAUAUGACGAAAAAUUAAGAGAUCAAGCAUUAGAAGAUUCUGUAGUAUCCUACAAAGUAAAUACAUACUUUGUAAUAUUGGAUAUUAUCUCUGCAGAUUUAAAAAAAAAGAUUUAA